GCGGGGGUGGGGGAUGAGAGGGAAGUGGACUUUUCCCUCUGCUCCAGGGACAGUCAAUUCCCAUGGUUGGGUUCUACUUGUUUUUAAAAGUCCCCGUCUGCAAUAAAGCUCCAUUUUCUAAUGCUGUGAGAGUUCGCCUGGGAGCUCAGGCCUGGUGAAAGGUGCUGGAUCACCAGACAGCCUGGAGGAGGAAGUUCUAGCUAUCCACCAACCAGACACAAUGUGGGCAGCAGUAGGGUGAGCUUCCCAUCCCCCUGGCCUGGCCAUGUGCCUCCCCAGGGGUCCCGUCCCAUCCCUUCUGUGUGUGUCCUUGUCUCGGCUGAUGGACUCCCCGAGGGAGAUGAAUGUGUUUCUUCAUUUCAGCCAGCGUGGUUUGGAAAUGUAAGAGUUUAAAAAAAAAAAAAAAGAAAAGGAAAAAAAAAGAAAAGGAACCUUAUACCCCACAAAACAACUAUCCGCUCCAGCAGCCCCUGCACUGGGCAGCAUGGGGCUGUUCCUUUAACUGGCCAGGACUUUGCUCUUCCCCAUCACUCAAACUAGGCUGCGCUGAAGGGUGAGGCUGUGCCGUGCUGGGUGGCACGGGAGUGUUGUGUAGCGCCGGUGCUGUUACCCUGCUUUGACAGGCCACCGAGCGGUUGGAAGCAAUGGCCGACCACGUCCAGCCUGUCAGCCUGCCCCUCAUCCCAUCCGCGUCCUCCACAGCUCCCUUCCCGCCUGCACAGCUUCACCUCCCAGCCACGUGGUGAAGUGACCUCUAGGGGGCGUUGGCUCGGUACCUUUUCCAGGAUAAAGAUUUGUUGCUCUCUUGCAGCUAGCGGGUGUCUGGUAUCAGGGCCCUGGGUGAUGCUCAGCAGAGAGGCUCACGGAAGUAUUGAUGUACUAAAUCUCCAGGGAAGUCCCCUACCCACAUCCACUUUACACCAGGAGUGGAUUUGGCCCAAUGACUCUGCUGUCGCUGCUGGACUCUCACAGGUAAUUUCCCUCUCCAGCUGCCCUGUUUGAAAUGAGUUUGACCCUGAUCCCGUUCCCAGCGGCCAGGUAUCCACAUCCCAAAAUACCACCACCGCAGCUGGCCUGACUUGGUGCCCGUGUUGGCAGCCUCACUGGAGAUGGUAAAGGCUGAAUGGGCCUGAAGCCUGAACGCGGUCUCCCGCCUGCCCCCCUACUUCACAGUGGACAGAGGUGCAUGAGUGGGGAAGCCUCCGUUGCCACUCCCUGAGCCAUGCCAUGUCUGUGCAUCAAUACAAGGCAGCUACGCCCUGUCUUCUAGCUCCCAAAGGGUCCAUUAUAAACCCCCUCUGUCCAUAUUCCGCUCACACCUGUCCCAAACCCAUCCCUCAUGGCUCUGGGGCAAUCAAUCACCCCCUCACCCACCCCUCUUAGCAAACAUGUCCUGCUCAGGAAAGAUGCCUCCUGGUCCGUGAGCUCGUCCCAGACAGUGCCUCUCUGAGCCCUGGCACUACCCCGGGGCUGCUCCCUGCCUGUGGAAGAUGUUGCUCUGCCCCAGGGCAACGCCUUGAACAGCCCUGUGGCUUGGGCCAGCAAGGUGGGUUUGCAGACAAAGCUGAGACUGAAUUCAGAUUCCCCCCCUUGCCUCAGCUUCCUUCUCUGACCAUCCUGUUUCCCUCCAGGUCAGGGGUGGCUCCGGAGCCACAUGCGGCUCUUCAGAAGUUAAUAUGCGGCUCCUUGUCUAGGUACCAACUCCAGGGCUGCAGCCACAGGUGUCAACGUUCCAGUGUGCCGGGGGGUGCUCACUGCUCAACCCCUCGCUCUGCCAGAGGCCCUGCCCGCCCCCUCCCCCCCGAGCCUGCACUGCCCUUGGUCCGCCCCACUUCCCCCCCAGAGCCUCCUGCAUGCCAUGAAACAGCUGAUCCGGAAGUGCGGGGAGGGAGGGGAAGGUGGUGGGGGGAGCUGCUGAGGAGCUGCUGACGUAUUACUGUGGCUCUUUGGCAAUGUACAUUGGUAAAUUCUGGCUCCUUCUCAGGCUGGCCACCCCUGCUCUAGGGUUAGUGCUUCUUUCUUCCCCACCCCGCAUCCAACUGUGGAGAUUGGGGCAUCCCACUGGAUCUGCAUGGGAGGAAGGGAGUCGGCAGGAAAAAGGUGGGGAGUGAGUUAACUAGGCCCCUACUGCCCCAUCUGUGCUCACCUCAAGCAGCCCCUGCUGCAAACGCUCUCCUGCCCGGCUUUCCAUCCACCAUCAUGCUUCCAUGUCAAUGUCCAAUCACUCCCUCGCAGAGGUUGGCUCAGGCAGGGUCCAUGCGAGCUGGACCCCAGGGUUGGGCGGGCAGGGCUGCAGAAGGGAGCUGGAGCAGCAGGGCUGCCUGACUUGGGAGGAAGCUCAAAGACUCGGGUGGGAGGAAAAUGAGCCAGUUAGGGUGAAGGCUGGGAGGGAGGCUCUGCCCUGCAGGGAGACCUGGGCUGCAAGGGGGAUGGGAGGGGGGAGAAGUGGCAGAAUUUUGGGGAUCCAGGUCUCCAUAUAGCUUUUAUUUUUCCCUGUUCAGGAGGACAAAAGUUAAGCAGCAAAUCACCCAGCUCCUUAGCCUGGGUACCGCCCCAUAGCUCCGGCUCUCCACAGAGCCCCUGUCCAACUCCCUUCACCUGGGUGGCAUCUGGAGCAGCCAUGGAAGGGGGCACCCUUCCUGACACUGGCUGGCCAUUUGCCUCCUGCCCUCUGUUGAGGCUGCACUGUCCCCUGUCACACCAGCUCCCAUGCUCGGAAGAACAUGAAUAGCAGAUGGCCAUAUUCAACACUGGCGGCUAUUGGCUUCAAUGGAGCAGCGCCCGCCUCCGCCAGCAGUGAUUUUGGCCUGGGGCAUGCAAGGCGCCAGGCCAGGGGGGCUGACUCGGAGAGGAAGGGAAGGAAUCUGUCUCACACCCCCAGCAGAAAGGGUUUGGGACGACAUGAGAAGGAAAAGGCCUGUAUCUCAUUGCUCUGCUUGCUUCGAAGCCAACCAGGGGUGUGGUGUUUUCAAACCUUAAAAGCAAACACACAGAAAACUGACUGUCCAGCAGGAGAUAUUUAUACAACUGACCUGAUACUAGAGAAAUAAAAAUGGCCUGAUAUCAAUGGCUGGCCUAGUAACUGGAUUCCAGCACAUAGAAAUUCGAGAGACUGGCACUGUGUAACUACCCUGGGCUGGGAUCCAAUCUCGCAAACUCUUACACACAUGAGCAACUGGAGGCAUGUGAGGAAUCCCAUGGGAGACUUGGUGCAUUGCUCCCCGGCUGUAGGUAGGUUGAUGCAGAUUAUGUUUAAUGGGCUGAAAAUGGUGGAUUCUGAGCAAGCAGCAGUUGUGACCAGGUGUGUCCAAAACCCCAUACACAACCCCGAAUCCUACUAGCACUGAUGCCCAGGCCAAAUCCUCCAGGUGCACAUAGUCCCAUUAACUCCAGAGGGACUGCUCAUGCUGUGUGUUUGCAGGGGUGUGGCCUGUCUGAGUCUCCAUGACAUUUGCUGCUAUUAUUUGUAUUAAGGCAGCACCUAGGAGCCCAGUCAUGGCUCACAGCCGCACUGUGCUAGGAGCUGUACAUGCAGGGAACAGAAAGACAGCCUCUGUCCAUGACAAUGGGCCUGGAAAGCCAAUGUGCCCCAGAUUGCUCUGAAGCCCUCCUCUCUAGGGGAAGGAGAGUCGCUCUUCUUUGGUGGGAGAGAAGGCUUGGUGGGGAGGAAACUUGCUCUGAUUUUUUUUUUUUAAUUCUGACACUUAAACUGACCUUUUAUUCAAUCCCCGCCCCCCUGUUGUCAGUGAGUGCACUGGGGGGGGGAUCCGUGCUGGAGGGGGGCUGUCCCAUGAUGUCACUUUCUCUUGAGAGAUGAGGGGAUCUCCACUGCAGGGGGUACCCCCAUACCACUGUUUUGGGGGAUCCCUGCUCCAGGGGGUACCCCCAUGUCUCUGUCUCGGGCGGAUCCCCGCUGCAGGGACCUGCCCCCCACCUCCGUUUCUCUUGGGGAUUCCGCGCCCCCCGCCCCCUGGAGCCGGCCCCAGGGCUGCCGCUCUGACACCAGUUCCUGUUGGGCGGAGCUGGCCGCCCUGCUCCCGGCUGGCGAGGCCCCCAGUUCCUCGCACUCGCAGGGAGCAGCCCGUCGGCGCGGCAUGGAGGGCGGCUCGGCGGGCGGCGGCGGCGGCGGCCUGCCCAGCCCGCAGGACUCCCCCUUCGGCUGCCCCAUCUGCCUGGACGCCCUGAAGGACCCGGUCACCAUCCCCUGCGGCCACAACUUCUGCCUGGGCUGCCUGGGGGCGCACAGGCACCGCCCGGGGCUCGGGGCGGGCGGCGGCCAGGGCGCCCCCCGCUGCCCGCUGUGCCAGGAGCCCUUCCCGGCCGACCUCCAGCUCCGCAAGAACCACACGCUGUGCGAGCUGCUCCAGCUCCGCCAGCCGCCGCCCGGCGCCCGCAGCCCCGUGGCCCCGCCGGCGCCCCCGGGGGAGGAGGCGGCCCCCGGCCCGCCGGAGCCCUGCGGCGCCCCCCAGCGGCAGGAGCCGGUGCUGUGCGACGUCUGCCCCGAGGGCGGGCGGGCCACGGCGGCCCAGUCCUGCCUGGUGUGCCUGGCCUCCUUCUGCCCGCCCCACCUGCAGCCCCACCUGCGGAGCCCGGCCUUCCAGGGCCACCGCCUGGUGCCCCCGCUGCGCCGCAUCGAGGACAGCCUGUGCAAGCUGCACCUCCGGCCGCUGGAGAGCUUCUGCCGCACGGACCAGGCCUGCAUCUGCCAGCUGUGCCAGGGCCAGGAGCACCGGAGCCACGAGGUGGUGGCGGUGGAGGUGGAGCGGGAGCACAAGGAGGCCCAGCGACCCAAGAUCCUGAGCUGCGUGGAGAACCAGCUGGAUGAGCUGGGAGUCACCGUCGCGCAGACCAGGAAGACCGUGGAGCUCAUCAAAAGCGCCGCCCUGAAGGAGAAGGAAAAUGUUAGCAGGCUCUUCAAUGAAGCAUCCAGAGCUCUGGUGACCUUCCAGAAAGAGGUGACUGGCUUCAUUGAGGAUGGCGAGCGAUCCAUGCUGAUUGAGGCUGAAGGGGAUCUCCGGCAGAAGGAGGAGAGGCGUGCCAAGCUGGCUCAGUGCAGGCAGAACCUGGAGCGGGUUCCGAGCACGGAUACCAUUUACUUCCUACAGGAGUUCCAGGUGUUAAAAAUGGCAGCUGAGGAAAAGAGUUCCCUGUGUCCAAGCUUCCAGAAGGAACUGAGCUUCACCAAGUCUAGCCAGGCUGUGUGUGCCAUGAAGGAGCUGCUGGUGACUGCAUGCAAGAACCAGUGGGACCAAUUGCUGGGGAAGGGGUAUGAAGAGUCUUGUUUCCAUGGGAUGCAAGAAGCAGUCGCUGAGCUCCAACCUUCGGACAAAUCAAACAGUCCAGCCUGCUUGGAGACAAGAGACUAUUUCCUGAAAUUUGCCUUCAUCAUCGAUUUGGACAGCGACACCGCGGACAAGUUCCUCCAGCUGUUUGGAACCAAAGGGGCCAAACGUGUAUUGAACCCCAUCGGCUACCCCGAGAGCCCAACCAGAUUCAUCAACUGUGAGCAGGUGCUGGGCGAGAACCUGAUGAACCGAGGCAACUACUACUGGGAGGUGGAAAUCAUCGACGGCUGGGUGAGCAUCGGCGUCAUCGCCGAGGACUUCAACCCGCGGGAGUCCUACGACAGAGGCCGCCUGGGGAGGAACGAGAAAUCCUGCUGCCUGCAGUGGAAUGGACAGAACUACGUGGCCUGGUUUGGUGGCUUCGAAUCUGUUAUCCAACAGCCCUUCUUUCACACGAUCGGGGUGUACCUGGAGUAUUCGGAAAAGGCACUGACCUUCUAUGGGGUCAGGGACUCCAAGAUGACGUGUCUCCAACAGCUCAAGGUUGCCCGCUUCAAAAAAGGCCACUUUGACCCCUUCCAGAAUAAGAUCAACCACCAGUUCCCAUUGCUGUUUGCAUAUAACCUCAAACCAGCCUUUUUCCUUGAAAGCGUAGAUGCCCAUAUGCAGAUCGGGCCGUUGAAGAAAGAUUGUGUUUCAGUGUUAAAGCGGAGGUAACUUGCAGAGAAGACUCAGGAGUCUCUCUUGUAAUUGUUUACCAGCACCAUGGCUUAUAUAGUCUUCUCUCUGGAAUAGCCCUGCCAACCCACUCUAGCCCUGUGCUGUUUGUAACCCAGGGGUUAACAAACAGAAGUCGCCCCUUAGUGAAUAGAGACCUGGACUGCGACUCAGGAGACCUGGGUUCUGUUUCUGGCUCUGCCAUUGCGUGACUGUGGGUAAGUCAUGUCACCAUUCUGUGCCUCAGUUUUCCCCUCUGUAAAAUGGGAGUAAUUAUUAUUAACCUGCUUUGUAAAGUGCUUUGAGAUCUACUGAGGAAAAGCAAUAGAUAAGAGCUAGCUAUUAUUAUUAUCUUUAAAAAACGGGCAUUUUAGGAUGGCCUAUCCCUGCCAGCCCUCCGUUCCUAACCAAGAGGAUAUAAUCUUAGUGACCACUCUGAUUGUGUGAUUCCACAGUUAUUCUGCUCUGUGCCUUAGUCCACACUGUAAAUGCGGGAUGGUCGCUUAAUAUGUGUUAGCCCCCCUACGCCUUCAAAAUCUGCUUUCUGGACGAACGCCUCCUAGACAAUGCUUUAAAAACAGCAGGUACAGCAUGGGCUUCACAAAUACAAUGCUCUACACAGAACAGUGCAUGCUUCCCCAGCACUGCACCACCAGCGUGCCUCAACCUUAUUCUGGAGGGACCAUAUUUAAGAGUGAGAGUGCCCCCUCCUGCCCCCCCAAGCCAUAAAUGUGCUGCUCAUAAAGACACCUCAUGUCCCAAAGCAGGGAGGUGAUAGACCAGCACCGAUGAGAUCACACCUAGAAUGCUCAACUGAGUCCAACACGCCUCCACACCAGAAAGAGGGAGACCGGAAUUCAGAGAAAACCAGCAAGAAUAACUAAGGGUGUGGGAGGGCUGGGCUGGUUGAGGAAAGAUUAAAAGAAGUCCUGGAUUGGCUGCAGGAUGACGAUGGGGCAUGACUCCGAUGCACAAGGAUGUAACCUCAGUUUAGUAAGAAUUGUUAGGGGUGGUAAGGAGGGCUAUAACUAGGAGGAAAGGGAUGAAAUUAAGGAUAAUGAAAGCUGAAUAUCAGGGAAACUUCGUAAUAGCGAGAUCUUUUCUUUUGUGGAAUAGUCUCCCAAGGGAAAUGGUGGAAGGCCCCAUCAGCUGAAUUAUUUAAAAGCGGUUUGGAUAAAAGACUUAAAACUAUACUGUGUAGAACAAUCUCGCAUUAGUCAGGAGAUGGAGGAGGUGAACGAAUGUUGUAGAACUUAUCCCUCUCUAGCUUCUGAGAGAGGUUCAUUCAAUUCUUGGCUUCUUCAGUGGGACUGCCAACUCGUCUAGCCCCCAUUGCGAUGUCACCCGUCCACUAAAACUGGUCUGGGACCACCAAGCUCAUUUUCACAUAGUCCACCAAAUAACCAUCCAGAUGGUAACAACUUUCAAUAUGGGAUGGAUUUGAACUGGUGACACAGAGAUGAAAUAUCCCAAAUCCCAUUGCCAAUCCCCUGAACAAAGUGAUGUUAUAUGUAAAGGGAAACGAAUGACGUCUGUGAUGUUCAUGCAAACCAUCUAUAUAUGCAUCAUGAACAUCAUCUUCUGCAGAUGCUUUGAAUGUUGGUCUGUUGCAUUUGGGAAAGAAAAAUAUUCCUAUGGGCAUUAUGAGGCCAGUCCUGAACGCCUUACUUAGGCUAAAGUCCAAUUGACUUACACUGGAGCAGCUCUGGGCCCUCCAUCUGCUUCCCAGUACUAUAAAAUAUCCCAGCCAGUGGGAUGAAAUAGCUGCUAGUGAGAGACUCCAGCACCAUUUACUGGCUGGAGAUCCUGAAAUAGCAGUAGUGGUAUUUAUGAAAAUUCACUUUUAACAGAUAGUUUCUUAUCCAGGAACUAUUAUUUAGUUAAUUAAGGCAUCGCUGCAGGAUUCCUUUUCUGUUAUAAUCACAUCCCUACUUUCUUGGGAACUUUAGUAGCAUUAAAAUCCCAAACUCCUAAAAGACUCCAGUUAGUGCAGUUCCUUUUUAGUUAUUAAUAUACCCCAGUGUAGUUUAUAAAGGGUUUUAAAUGAUUAAUAGAUGUGAUAAGUUGUUACAGAUAUAAAUAGCGUGUGUUAUAGAAGAUGGUUAUCAGCACCUUAGUAGAAGCUGUUCUAGGUGGUUGUAAGUCCUGGUUAAAAACAACCUACUGACCUGUUGGAUUGUGACAAUCUGUAACCUUUCAUUAACUAUAUAUUAAAACAUCUGUUAAUUAUGUAUUAACCAUUUAUAAAUGUAUCCUUAAUAUAAAGGAUGGUGAAGAAUCCCUUCUGAAAAAGGUAGAAAGGAAAAGAGAACUUUCAAGAGCACAUUUCUCAAGCCACCUUCUCAAAUAUACCCUGGAGAUAUAUAAUAGCUGGAAUGAAUUACUGUCACAUCUAUGCACUGCAGUAACUUCAUCUCCUACAUGUCUCAGUGUUAUAUGCAUUGCUAUGAGUUCAUUUUCUCUGAUAUUAGUUUAUCACCUACCUCCUAGAGCUUGCAUUAUAAAAAAAAAAAAAAGAAA